AUGGAGCCGCUGCUGUGCCCCCGCUACUGCGCCGAGGCUGCCCAGCCCGCACCGUCAGCAAACGUGGCGGGCGCCCCGCACCGUCCCAUGCAACCCGUGCCCCAGCUGCAGCCUCACCAGCACCGCCGCGCCCCCAGCGCCAUCCAAGCCGCCGCCCUGGAGUAUGCGGCGCAGCGGCGGCAGCAGGUGCAGCACCAGCGCAGGGAGGAGGUGUUGGCGUGGCGGCAGCACCGCGACGCUAGCCUUUCAAGUAGCGGUAGCGGUUGA